AUGGCGUCCCAUCAGUAUCGCAACUCUUACUACGGCAGCAGCAGCGAGAAAGGCUCGGAGCGUAACACGCGAUCCAGCGAGGGCACAGUCAGCACCGUCAUGAGCUCGUCGACGGGUAGAGAGUCGUCGGCGACACACGUCACGGAGGCCCCCGCCUACUCCAAGAAGAUCGUCGUCGUCGGCGAUGGUGGGUGCGGCAAGACGUGUUUGUUGAUCAGCUACAGCCAGGGCUACUUCCCAGAGAAAUACGUGCCGACGGUCUUCGAGAACUACAUCACCUACCCAACUCAUCCGCCCACCGGUAAGACCGUCGAGCUCGCGUUGUGGGAUACCGCCGGUCAAGAGGAGUACGACCGAUUGCGACCACUAUCGUACCCGGAAACCGACCUCAUCUUCGUGUGCUUCGCCAUCGACUGCCCCAACUCACUGGACAAUGUGUUGGACAAGUGGUACCCAGAAGUUCUCCAUUUCUGCCCAUACACGCCACUCAUCCUCGUAGGCCUGAAGUCCGACCUGCGCCACAAGAAGACCUGCAUCGAGAUGCUCAAGACACAAGGCCUGACGCCCGUCACCACGGACCAAGGCAUGGCCGUGGCCAAGAAGAUGGGGGCCCAGUACAUGGAAUGCAGCAGUAAAGAGAUGAAGGGCGUAGAUGAGAUAUUCGACAAGGCCAUCCUAACCGUCGUCGGUAACGACCGCCGAAACCUCGAGUCCGCCAUGUCCUCGGCCCCGACCUCGAUGGGCGGCCGUUCAGGUGUUGGCAACAGCCGAGACAGCAACGGUGUCCCCGGCAUCCGCGCUUUUAAGAAGAAGAAGCGGAAUUGCAACUUCUUGUAA